ACUCCCGACGCGUCAAAAAACAAUCCUCGCUCGACACCUUCCCGUCAAAAACCCGGCCAGUAGCGUCAAGACCCGAAAAUUCCUACGACACGGAAAAAGCUUGCGUUAUUUUUCUAUAUAAAAAAACCGCCGUUUCGUUUUCACGGAAGCUUCGUGCACACGCAUCGGCCUUUCCGUCGUCAAAGUCAAAUAGGGAGCCGUUAAAAUCCAACGGCGUGAUUCAUUUCGAUGAGCUGUUAGUGUCCGUCAAGUUACGGAACGGAAAAGGCCAGUGAGGGAGCUUUUUGGGGGUUUCUGAAGCGUAUUCAAUUGGAGUUUGGAAUCCGGACUUCUUGGGAGAAAAGGAAGAAGAAAACUGGUUCUUGAAGAGAAGGAUCGAAUCGGAAGGCUAGCUAUUUCUGCUCUUGAAGUUCCAGAUCGAGGAAUUCAAAGAUCUCUGGAGACUUUCGAUUCGGUGCGGUUGGUGCGCAGCAUUUCUGGUUAUUUUCUUUAUGGGUGUCUGAAGGUUUGAUGCGAAUAAUCAUUAACGAAUCCUGACCGUUGAAUUCAAAGCCAGUGGGGCUGACUGACUAUGGCAUGCGUUUUCCACCGUUUAUUGGCAUUGGGGACCAUCUGCUGUACAUGUGUGGCAUACAUGUAUGCCAAUCCAGACCGUUCCAAUCGUGGGCUCGCUUGCGGACAUAGCAGAACCUUAAAACCAUGUUGAUCAGCUUACCUGUGUCAACGUGAAUGAUUAAAGCAUCGGUGGAACUCUGGUAGUUGUUUGAGGGAUAACUAGUGUGGUGUGAUCCGUGACCUGUUCGUUUUUUUAGUGGGUUUGAUGUCGUUCCGUAGCAUUGUUCGUGAUGUGAGAGAUGGAUUCGGGAGCUUGUCGAGGCGGGGCUUUGAAGUGAGGUUGUCGGGACAUAGCAGAGGGAAGUCACAGGGAGCGGUGUAUGAGUUGCAUGACCAGCCUCUGCUCAUCCAACAGAGUUGUUGGGCGAACCUUCCACCAGAAUUACUCCGUGAUGUGAUUAAGAGGCUGGAGGCGAAUGAAAGUAACUGGCCUGCUCGCAAGCAUGUUGUCGCCUGCGCUGCUGUUUGCAGGUCGUGGAGGGAAAUGUGCAAGGAAAUCGUGAGAGGCCCGGAGUUCUGCGGGAAGCUUACUUUUCCUGUCUCCCUGAAGCAGCCAGGGCCCCGGGAUGGUACUAUUCAAUGCUUUAUCAAGAGGGAUAAAGCAAAUCUGACCUAUCGGCUAUUCUUAUGUCUUAGCCCAGCUUUGCUUGUUGAGAAUGGUAAGUUUCUCUUGUCUGCAAAGAGAAACCGGAGAACUACUUGUACAGAAUACUUGAUCUCUAUGGAUGCUGACAGCAUAUCAAGAUCAAGCAGCACCUAUAUCGGGAAAUUAAGGUCGAAUUUCCUCGGCACAAAAUUCAUUAUCUAUGACACCCAGCCUCCAUACACUGGGGCACGUGUCCCCCAACUGGGCCGAUCAAGCCGUAGAUUCUACUCAAAGAAGGUCUCUCCCAAAGUCCCGACCGGCAGCUACAACAUUGCCCAGGUAACAUACGAGCUGAAUGUGCUGGGCACUCGUGGCCCACGCCGGAUGCACUGCACCAUGCACUCCAUCCCAGCGUCCUCCCUUGAUGCCGGUGGCACUGUCCCUGGCCAGCCCGAUCUCCUCCCCCGCUCCCUUGAGGACUCAUUCGGGAGCAUCUCCUUCUCAAAAUCCAUGGAUCAUUCUGUCGAAUUCAGCAGCUCGAGAUUCUCUGACAUAGUUGGAGCUGGGGACGAUGACGAGGAUGGCAAAGAGAGGCCCUUGGUCCUCCGGAACAAGGCGCCGAGGUGGCACGAGCAGUUGCAGUGCUGGUGUCUGAAUUUCCGAGGACGGGUGACAGUCGCUUCAGUCAAGAACUUCCAACUGAUUGCCGCCACGCAACCAGCUGCAGGUGCACCAACGCCCUCACAGCCAGCCCCGCCGGAGCAUGACAAGGUCAUACUGCAGUUUGGCAAGGUCGGGAAGGAUAUGUUUACUAUGGAUUAUCGGUAUCCACUAUCAGCAUUUCAGGCGUUUGCUAUCUGCUUGAGUAGCUUUGACACCAAGUUGGCUUGUGAAUAGAGAAGAAUUGAAGGUUAGAAAUAGUUAGGAUUGAUGAUUAUAUCAUUGUUGUCUUACUAAUCCCACGAGUGUCCGAGCAUUUGCCAAACUGGUAAAUGUGUGGGGCAUCUGAUCCAUGCAUUUGGUGGGCAGCCUGGUCCAAAUCCAAGGCUGGUCUUCUCAGUAGGCAGGUGACUCCAUAGAAUGUGAAUUUAGGGCAGUCUUGCAGACUGCCCAUUGUUUCUGUAUUCUUGGCCCGCCUAAUUCGUUAGCGACCCUAAUUUCUGGGCGAGGUCAUCUUAUAGACAGUGGUGCCCACCUGAUGCAUGGCUUGGAUGAAAACACUACAUGGAGGAAGGAUUUCUUCUUGUUGUUGUAGUAUUUUUCAUAGUACUUUAGAUGCUUUCUUUUUUACAUCUGUUCAACUUUUCCUCUUAUGGGAUUAACAUAAGCCGUACUUUGACUGUGGCCUGUUGCCGUAGCGGUAAUGGACACACAUGGUCCUUUUGCCAA